AUGUGGAACACCUCUGAUGCCAACUUUUCCUGCUACCAUAAGUCUGUGCUGGGCUAUCGUUAUGUGGCAGUUACCUGGGGGGUUGUGGUGGCUGUGACAGGCACCAUAGGCAAUGUGCUCACCCUGCUGGCCUUGAUCAUCCAGCCCAAGCUCCGUACCCGCUUCAACCUGCUCAUCGCCAACCUCACAGUAGCCGAUCUGCUCUACUGCACCCUUCUCCAGCCCUUCUCUGUGGACACCUACCUCCACCUGCACUGGAGAACUGGAAUGACCUUCUGCAGAAUUUUUGGGCUCCUCCUCUUUGUAUCUAAUUCUGUCUCCAUCCUCACCCUCUGCCUCAUUGCCCUGGGACGCUACCUCCUCAUUGCUCACCCUAAGCUCUUUCCCAAAGUGUUCAGUGCCAAAGGGAUGGUGUUGGCACUAGUGGGCACCUGGGUGGUAGGUGUGGCUAGCUUUGCCCCUCUUUGGUCUCUCUAUAUCUUGGUGCCCGUAGUCUGCACCUGCAGCUUUGACCGCAUCAGAGGCCAACCCUACAUCACCAUUCUCAUGGGGAUCUACUUUGUGCUUGGGCUCAGUAGUGUUAGCAUCUUCUAUUGCCUCAUCUACCGCCAGGUGAAGCGAUCAGCACAGGCACUGAAUCAGUACAAGCUGCACCAGGCAAGUGUCCACUUCAGCCAUGUGACUGGGAUAGAUAAAGCCAUGCCCAGUCAUUUCCAGGAGCUGGACAGUGGGAUGGCAUCCAGAGAGCCCAGUGAGGGGAUUUCAUCUGAGCCAGUCAGUGCUGUCACCACCCAGAAUCUGGAAGAAGACUCAUCAGAAGUGGGGGACCAGAGCAACAGGAAAGUAACUAAACAGAUGACAGAGAAAAGCCUUCCACAAGCACCUGCCAAGGACAGGACAACUAAAGGAACCCAAACAGCUCAGGACUCUCCAUCAGAGUUUAGGAAAGUGACUCGGAUGUGUUUUGCUGUGUUCCUUUGCUUUGCCCUGAGCUACAUCCCUUUCUUGCUGCUCAACAUUCUGGAUGCCAGAGUCCAGGCUCCCCGGGUUGUCCACAUGCUUGCUGCCAACCUCACUUGGCUCAAUGGUUGCAUCAACCCUGUGCUCUAUGCAGCCAUGAACCGCCACUUCCGCAAAGCUUAUGGCUCACUCCUAAAACGAGGCCCCCAGAGUUUCCGUAGGUUACGUUAAAGCUGUGUUCCAGUCACCAGAAUCUCAGACUGUUUCAUCCAGAACUAGAGUGG